CAUUCCAGUGGGGUGUUUUAGGUAAGUGUUUACAGUAGCAGCAGAGAGUUUACUGGAUUUCAGCUCCAUUUUGGACAAUCUCAUUUUGAUUUUGUUGUUUUUGCUGCCCUUCUUCCUUCCUCCCCCUAUUGAUAUAGGGAAUUGGAAAAUCAACUAAUAAGCUGCUACUCAUAUUCUGCAUGAUUCUCCCUAGUUUAGUCCUCUUUCACUCUUGACCUGCCAGGAUAGAGUAUUGAUCCACAGGUUCUGAGUGUCCCAAGAUGCUUUCUUCUCUGCUGGCCUCACACCCCUACUUCUUGGGUCAGGAUUCAAUUCACUGUAUUGCAGGCUAUGGCAGAGUGGGCAGCUCUUCCCUUUGUCUCUGUAACUCUGUUUCUUUUUCUGUUGUCUUCUGUAGAACAGUUUGACUUGAAAAAUAGUAGGUUCUUCAUCAAUGGAGGUCUUCAAGCAGAGGUGGUAUGACUAUUUUUGAGCUCUUUCUAGGAUCUAGCUGUCUUGGUUAACUGAAUAGAUGCAAACUAGCUUACUUAGCCCCCUCUGUCUUGGUGGUUCCAGAUUCCUGGAUCUUUACAUCUUUUUCAGCUUUCACCUGUGCCAUCUCACCAUCUGCCUUCCCAGCUCUCUAUUCAUGUUAUCUCAUUAUCUUCCUUCAUACUUCUGUAUUUAUCCCCAUCUGGAUUAGCACCCUACCCAUCAGACCUAGACCCCUGUACUCUACACUUCCAGAAUUUCUGUCACCAGACCCUGAGAAAGUUAAUCUGAUCAUCUUUAGAAUUCCUGCCUUAUAAGCCCAGACUUCUUGUUUAGGUACCAUAUUCCUCUUAAGUGGGUAGACUAGCCUACUAUGUCACCUUCUCAUCCAACUAUUCACCUAAGCUAUCUCUACUUACUUGCUGAUAAGGUAAUUUUAGGCAAAGUAAUAAAGUCAAUAGUAUCAUUGAUUCUGGAAAGUGUCAGCUAACUGCCCAAUGGAUCAGUUUACCAUCCCUGGAACUUUGCAGACCAUCAUUCCCUUCCUUGGCCACCACUUUUAUAUAUGUACAUAAUAUUAUAGUGUAAGGUACUUAAGAGUAGAGAUUGUUCCCCAUACUUGUAUCUCCAGUGCUUAUGACAAUGCUUGACACACAAUACUUAUUAAACUCUUUUUCAUCCAAUCAUUAAUGUUGUAGAAGUUAUUGCUCUGAUAUAGAUUGGACUAAUUGAUCUCUGAGGUUCCUUCUAAUUUUUAGAAUCUGGUUCUGUAACUCUUAGCCUGACAUUUCAGGGCUUUCCCAGUAAGAUCCCUACCUUUCCAACCAUAUUUCAUGACACUCCUUUGCAAACUCUUUGAUUAAGCCCAACUGGACAUCCAUUUUCUUGUCAGCAUGCUACAAACUUCAGCUUUGCAUUUUGAUUCUGUGCAAAAUCAUUUAAACUCUUGAGAAUGUAUGAGUUAUUAUUCUUAAAAACCAACUGAAUUGGGGCAGUUAGGUGGUUCAGUGGAUAGAAUACCAGCCGUGAAGUCAGGAGGAUCUGAGUUCAAAUCUGAUCUCAGACACUUAACACUUCCUAACUAACUAUGUGACCCUGGACAAGUCACUUAACCUCAAUUGCCUCAGCACAUAACCAAAAAAAAAAAAAAACACAAAACAAAAAACCAACUGAAUCUUCUGAGGCUUAUUAUACAUAUUAUACAUAUAAUGGGGAUUCAUUUGGCCCCAUUGGCUAGCCCCUCCCCCCCAAACACAUUACUUCCCUCCUUACAAUCUUUGGCCCAGCCAAAAUAGCCUUUGGUGUUCCUCUCACACAAGAUAAAUCAUCUCUUCCCGGAAUGCAUUUCUUUCCCUCUCUCAGAAUUCCUGAUUUCUAUCAUCUUUCCUUAAGAGUUACCCUCUACUUGAAAUCUUGUCCAACUUCCCCAACUGCUAGUACCUCUCCACCAAAAUCACUCUAGACUUAGUUUGGGUAUAUUUAUGGGUAUAUGGGUAUACUUAUGUGUCUCACUUGCUGAGUCAGGCAAUAAUGAUUCAAUAAUCAUUUAAGUGCCUACUUAUAUGACAUGCACCAGGCUAAUCUCUAGGAAUACAAAUUAAAGCCAAAAAAAAAAAAAAAGCCCCUUCCCUGAAGGAACUUAUGGAAACAAACAAUUUAGGUUCCAAAUAUGGCUAUUAGAUGGAAAGACAUCUGAAAUAGGAAGACAUUGUAAUCUAAGCCCCUUUAGAACAGACUGAUUUUGUGUGUGUGUCCCUAGCUGAGGCCAGAGUGCCUGUCACAGCAAAUUGAUUAAACAAGCUUACUAGGCCCUAAGGAUUAAUUAAAAUAUGUUUUCCUGGAAGCUUUCUGGUUCAGUCCCCCUUCUGAGCUCACCGAUUGAUUAUCUUAAAACUUCUUCAAGAACCCUUGUGAUUCUCUUCGCCUUCUGAUUAUGAUACUCUCUUCCACUUCCAUGCAGCCUUCUUACAUUUCGCAGCACUUCUCUCCCCCGCCCCCCUUUUGAUUCGGUGACGCUGGCCAAGCUGCUCCCAGAGUCUCCACUGGCUCUCCCCCAAGUCUGGAACGCUUUCUCCCUCCUCAGCCCGGCUACCUGGCUGCUCUGGCUAAGCAGCCUUGCCCAGUCCUGGUUCUUUCUCUCGGAGAUUCUCGCUCCCGCUCCUUCCUCUGCCUUUGGUACACAGCUGUCUGCAUGUUCUCCCCCCUCCCCUGCCCCAUGAGAUUCUGAGGUUAAGGAGAAGAAUUGUUUCGGGUACACCCGAGCUUAGCCCGGAGCCCGGCUCAUGGCAGGGGCGCGCUUCAUUUGCUAAUUGGCUAACAUAACUCGUUGUGCAGCUCCGUCAAGUAUCUCUCAGGCAAUACUGGGCACGAUACCAAUCUUACUGAUCGGUCCGUGAGCUCUCGCAAGGCGACCAGGUCUGUCCCCUGGUGCUCAGCAAAGCGCUCCGCACCCAUCAGGCACUUAAAAAUAUUUCCCGGGGAAGUGAGCGACUGUUGCCCCUCUUCGCGGUCUCUCUCACUGGUGGUCUCCAGAGCCCGGGCCUCUGGCCCCCCGAGAGUCUCGGGGCUCCGGAUCGGCCUCUGUCAUCCAGACGGCACCAGGUUCUGCUCUUCACACUAGGUGUCGCUACGACCCCCUCCAGAGAAGGCGUUAAAAGAGCAGAACUGCACUCACACCCUCACUUCUCCUCCCCUCCACAUAGCCACGUGUCGAAGCAAGGGCCCGCCCACCACGCUCUGCGCAGGCCCGGCCAAGGACGGGCGGACAGACCACCGAGACUGGGAGUCCUCCCUACAGCCUAUUGAGGCCCUAGGCGCAUUCCGAUCUAGGAUUGGGCAGCACCCCCAAGGGGGGCGGGAAUCUGGGGCGACACUUCCGGUCCGGGAGAUCAGCCUCUCUCCGUGGGGGCGGUUCGGGGUCCAGUGGGGCCGGUCUGUGUCCACCGCCUCGGUCCCCGGCGCGGCCCCGGAGCGGAGGGUGAGUCCUGGCCGGCCCCAGACGUGGAGGGAUUUUAAACAGCUAUUCAUGUUCCAAGAAAUUUAGAAGACACGUGAAUGUUCUCCCUGUGCCCUAUAGAGUUGCUCUGAAAAGAUUACAGAUCCAUUUUUGCCUCACUUGAUAAACAAGUCUGCAGAAAGUUCACUUUUCUUAGCUCUGGCAACUCACCAGGUUCUUCUCUGACUCCCUGAGGGGAACCCAGGAAACCAGGCAAUGGCAGCAGAGCUCCUGUCAGUCGGGCCCCAGGUCCCAGACUCUGCACAGCAACAGAGAGCCCUCGCUGAAGAAACAAAGAUGGAGAUGACGUCCCUAGACACAGGUCUGGAGUCACCACCUGCUCUGCCCUGUAGCAGUGACUCCUCACUGGGGACCCAGACUGGCUCUCUGAACUCUGAGACCCUGCUUCCAUUCCAUGAUCUCCAACCAGAUUGUGAAACCAGCACUGAUUUCAAGUUGUUGACAGUUAAAGAAGAAAUUUUUGAAGAAGAGGACUCACAGGUGGUGAUAUUAGAAAGACUCAUAGGGGAUGUUCCCCAGGGACCUGAAUUUGGAGAAGGGUGUGAACAUGAGGAAGGGUUGGAACAACACUGGGGAAUUCCAGAAGGAGAUGGGCUAAUCAAAUCACUUUCUCAGGAGAGGAGUUUCAGACCAGUGACAGUGGUCCACAAGAGUUCUCCCAGGGAGAUUGGCCAAGAUUGUUAUGAGUUUGGCAGAAGCUUUAGUCUGAAUUCAGACCCUGUUAUGUAUCAAAGAAUUUCAUCAGGAGAGUGGUCUCAUCAGCUUGAUAACUGUGACCAAAGCUUUAAACAAAAUUCUGAUUUAAUCAAUUACCCAACUAUCCAUGUAUCUGAAACACCAUGUCAAUUUAAUGAAUAUGGGAAAAUCUUCAGUCAGAGCCCAACCCUUAAUGAACAUCUGGGAGUACAAACUGAGGAGAAACCUUAUGAGUGCAAUGAGUGUGGCAAGUCCUUCAGGGGAAGCUCAGAUCUUAUUCGACAUCAAAGUGUUCAUACUGGAGAAAAGCCCUACAUAUGUAAUGAGUGUGGGAAGGCUUUCAGCCAGAAUGCAAUCCUCAAAAAACAUCAGCGAUCUCAUGUCAGUGAGAAACCCUAUGAAUGUAAUGAAUGUGGGAAAACCUUCAGUGUACGUUCUAACCUCACACGACAUCAGAUAAAUCACACUGGAGAGAAGCCCUACAUAUGUAAUGAAUGUGGGAAAGCUUUCAACCAGAACUCAAGCCUUAAGAAACAUCAAAGAAUUCACAACAGUGAGAAACCCUAUAUAUGCAAUGAAUGUGGGAAGGCCUUUAGGCGGAGUUCAAAUCUUAUUCAACAUGAGAGAAUUCAUUCUGGAGAGAAGCCCUAUGGAUGUCACGAAUGUGGGAAAGCUUUUAGACGAAGCUCAAACCUAAUUAAACAUCAUCGAAUUCACACAGGAGAGAAACCUUUUGAGUGUCAUGAAUGUGGCAAAGCUUUCAGCCAGAGUGCACACCUAAGAAAACACCAGAGAGUUCACACUGGAGAAAAACCCUAUCAAUGUAAUGAAUGUGGGAAACCCUUCAGUCGAAUCUCCAACCUUAUAAAACAUCAUAGAGUUCAUACUGGAGAGAAACCCUAUAAGUGUAAUGAUUGUGGGAAAGCUUUCAGUCAGAGUUCAAGCCUCAUCCAGCAUCGGAGGAUUCAUACUGGAGAAAAACCACAUAAAUGCAAUGAGUGUGGCAAAGCCUUUAGUUACAGCUCAGUCCUUAGGAAACAUCAGAUAAUCCACACUGGAGAGAAACCCUAUGAAUGUAAUGUGUGUGGCAAAGCCUUUAGCCAUAGCUCAGCUCUAAUUCAGCAUCAGGGAAUCCAUACUGGAGAUAAACCCUAUGAAUGCAAUGAAUGUGGGAAAACCUUUGGUCGGAGCUCCAACCUCAUUCUUCAUCAGCGAGUUCAUACGGGUGAGAAACCCUAUGAAUGUAACGAGUGUGGUAAGACCUUCAGCCAGAGCUCAACCCUCAUUCAGCAUCAGAGGAUUCAUAAUGGAUUAAAGCCCCAUGAAUGUAAUGAAUGUGGCAAAGCCUUCAAUCGAAGCUCAAAUCUCAUCCACCAUCAGAAGAUCCACACUGGAGAGAAACCUUAUACAUGUACCGAAUGUGGCAAAGCUUUCAGCCAAAGCUCACAUCUUAUUCAGCAUCAGAUUAUCCAUACUGGAGAGAGACCCUAUAAAUGUAACGAAUGUGGGAAAUCCUUCAGUCAGCGUUCAGUCUUGAUCCAGCACCAGAGAAUUCACACUGGAGUGAAACCCUAUGAGUGCAGCGACUGUGGGAAAGCCUUCAGCCAGCGCUCAAAACUCCUUAAACACCAGAUAAUUCACACCAGGGUGUGAUCUUUUGAGUGAAAAGGGCAUGUAAAAUACUUAAUAACCAAGGGAUCCAGAGUGGUUCUCUUUUCUGACUUUCCUAUCUUCUUCUCUGUCAGUGGCACCACCAUUCUCCCCACCAUCUAGGCUCAAAAUCCUGGAAUUAUUAUUAUCUUAUCCCCCUCCUUUAUCCCUCUAUAGCUACUUAGUCAUUAAGUCUUGUUUAUUCUUUCUUUGAUGUGUCUCAGUCUGUACCUUUUUUUCUCUUCUACCACCAACAAACCCUUCUCUGGUGUCCAGUAUUACCUCUAAUGUUUUAUGUCGUGAGCAGACAACCAUGCUAUAUGGGCAACAAGUGAUGAAAUGGAAUAUAUAAAGAGCUUACUAUUGUAAUGAAAUAAAACCUACCAAAAUUUAAUCUGA